UUAACUCGCUCUUUCGUCCAUUGAUAAGCCAAUUUUUAAGUGGACUCGUUGAAUUUGAGCCGAUAAUAUUUUCUGAAGGAAUAAGAAAAAGUAGAAUACUCAGAGCCUUAUUGAGAGAGACAUCGAUCAAAAUUCAGAAGAAAUAACAUAGAGAGAAAACAGAGGAAGAGGUUGAGAGAUGGAGGACCUUGUAGGGCUUCUAAGAAUCCGAGUUAAGAGAGGGAUCAAUCUUGCUCUUCGUGACUCUUUAAGCAGCGACCCUUUUGUCCACAUAACCAUGGGUUCACAGAAGCUGAAGUCGCGUACUGUAGAAAACAACUGUAACCCUGAGUGGAACGAGGAAUUGACCCUUGCGAUAAAAAAUCCCGAUGAACCUGUGAAUCUGACAGUGUAUGAUAAAGAUACAUUCACAUCGCACGACAAGAUGGGAGAUGCGAAGAUAGACAUCAAACCAUUUCUAGAGGUUCACAAAAUGGGUUUGCAAGAAUUACCAGAUGGAACAGAGAUCAAGAGAGUUGUUCCCACUAGAGACAACUGCUUGUCUGAAGCGAGCAGUAUAGUCUCCAACAAUGGCAAGAUCGUUCAAGACAUGAUUCUUCUGUUGAGGAAUGUCGAAUGCGGCGAGGUAGAGAUUCAGCUUGAAUGGAUUCAGAUUCCAGGUAGUAAGGGACUCUGAAACAGAGAUUAUCUUGAUGGUUCUGUGUGUUUAUGUAUGUGUUUGUAAUAAAAGCUAAGUUCCAAGACAAUAAACAAAUUUAGAUAAAAGUCUCAAUCGGUCUUGGCUUUCAGACAAAGUUACAAUAAGCAUAACAGAGUAGUACUCUGCUUUGUAAAUGAUAUAUUUGAUUUCCCGCGAGUUUUCUUC